AUGGGGAAAAACACAGACAAGCUGUACAUCACUCACUCAGAGUGGUCGUCCUCUGAUGCCUUCUCUGCCGCCACCGGUGCGCGAGCGAGCGCCUCUGCCGGCUCCUUCAAGCGCCUCCCAUUCAACUUUUGCGCCGCCUCGCUGCAGCCCUUCAACAACCCCGUGUGCACCGCCAACGGCACGAUAUUCGACCUCGAAGUCAUAUCGAAGUGGCUGGACUCUCACGGCACAAACCCCGUCGAUGGCAGCCCCAUGCAGCUGAAGGAUCUGAUCAAGCUCAACUUUGCCCGAAACGGCGACGUCGAUUCCAGAGGUGCCGACGGCUCAGCCAGCGAUGGCAAGGGCGAUCUGAUCGACCCUGUCACCUUCAAGGUCUUCACUGACAACACCCACAUUGUUGCCAUACGGCAUGACACAUAUGCCAACGUCUUUGCCUGGGAGACUGUCCAUCGCAUGAACAUCAAGGCCAAGGUCUGGCGGGACCUGCUCGACGACAAGGAGUUUGGCCGCUCCGACAUCAUCACCCUGCAAGAUCCCCAGAAUGCCGAGAGCAGAGAUCUGAGCCAGUUCAAGUACCUCAAGGACGGCGAGAAUGCCCUGCUCACGCCGCAGCAGGAGGCGGAAAGACAGGAGGGCAAUGUCAACAUCAGUGCUCUGGGCAGAGUUGGAGACAAGGUCCUCAGGGCAAAAGAGGCCGUCGAGAAGGCACGGAGGGAGCGGGAAUCCGGCGGCGACGUCAAUCGCUCCAAAGCCCUCGUCAAAACGUCGACAAACGGCCCGAAACAGUCGCUCAUUCAUGACAGGAAGCGAGCCGACAACGCCGCAGUGUACACUACUGGGCGUGCUGCCGCCUCUUUUACAUCCACCGGUCUCACCCCCGAGACGAGCGGCGAGAGAGCUGUCCUCACUGAUGAGGAAUACAUGCUAAAGCCAAGGCGCAUAAGGCACAAGGGCUACGCACGAAUAGAAACCAACCUUGGCGACCUGAACAUCGAACUACAGCCAGAAUAUGCUCCCAAGGCUGUCUGGAACUUCGUGCGCCUUGCCCAGACAGGCUACUACAGAGGCAUCAGUUUUCACCGCAAUAUCCGGAAUUUCAUGAUCCAGGGAGGAGACCCCUCCGGUACUGGCCGCGGUGGCGAGAGCAUCUGGAAAAAGAACUUCGCCGACGAGUUCGAGAGUCCCUUGACCCACAGCGAGCGAGGCAUGCUCAGCAUGGCGAACAAGGGCAAGAAUACCAAUUCCAGCCAGUUCUUCAUCAUAUAUCGACCUGUCAAGCAUCUGGAUAACAAGCAUACCAUAUUUGGCAAGGUCGUCGGCGGAAAGGACGUGCUCAACAAAAUGGAGGACGUUCCAACCGAUGGCAGCGAUCGCCCAUUAAACAAGAUCGUCAUCAAAGACGUCGUCGUCUACUUGGACCCGUUUGAGGAAUUCCAGAAGGCCAAAAAGGACAAGGAACGAAAGGAAGAGGAGAGGAAGGACAUUGAGCGGAGAGGUGGCACCGAGGAUGACAAGACGACUUGGACGGGCAAAAGGGUCAGGCAAGAUGGCACAGUCGAUCGCAGCAGCGGUGAAGGCAACGUUGGAAAAUAUCUGCAAGAUGCCCUGAAGAAACAACACGGCAACGGAAAGGAUGUCGAGGACGGAAUUGUGGAGGAGGAUGUGCCUGACGCAUGGGAAGAGCCAGUCAGGAAGAAGGCCAAGAGCGGUGGAUUUGGUAAUUUUGACGCUUGGUAG